GAACUCAGUGAGUUCAGUUUGCUCUGAGCUGUGGGGUCGGAAGGUUCGUGAAAGUUACUAAAGUGAUCGUGAAAAAUGAACCAAAAGAGUGUUUCGAACGUUCUGAAGAUCAAAAGGGGGAGGAAAUGGGGUGAGGCGGAGACGCAAGCGUUUGUUGAUAUUUUACUGAAGCGCAACGCGAUGAAAUUGCUCGAUGGCAAGAAAUUCCGCAACAAACAAGUGUUUUCGGUCCUCCAGAAAGACAUGAAAAUGAAGGGAUUCGAUCGUAAUUGUGCUCAGCUUAUUGUUAAAUUUAAGAAUCUGAAGAGCGAUUUUGCCAAGAUCAAAGGGAGAAAUCAAAUUUCUGGGGUGACAAAGCGUACUUUGCCUUUGGAGGAGAAAUUAAGCCAUCUUUUCGACACGCGAGAGAACUUCAAGGAGCUUGGAAGUGAGAACUCAAGUGAAAGCCUUGCGGACGAGAGCUCCAUGGAGUUUGUGACACUUUCUGACGACUCUUCAGUGGAUCCUCUGGAUAUUUCGGACUCCAUCAAGGACUUCAGUGAUUCAGAAUCAGGAAAUAGCAGCUCUCGCGCAAGGAGUGAUGUUAUAGAGGCUGCAAAAAUGAUCAUCGACGCCCAAAAGGAACUUCUUGAGCGCGAAGCAGUCUUAUUGAGGCAACUGAUGAAGGAGCAUCACGAGUUUUUGAGAGAAAUCUGGAAGGAAAAAGACGAGACGAAAAGGACGCCUUAAACAGGCCGGUGAAGCUCAUUAAGUCCACAUUAUUUCCUGAUCAUCUCUUGACCUAAAUUUGACGAAACAAAAAGUUAAUUGCGAAAAAUUUGACCAAAAAUGUAUCCUGAAAAAUUUCCUGAUAUUUCUUU